AUGGCACAACCAGCGCCAGGUGCAGACGAUGAUGAUGGCUUCACCGUCCAGGUCGGAGCAUCGUCCUGCCUCAGUGAUGGCGCGGCUGUCGACAGAGAGGCAAAGGACAGAGCAGGCUACGAUGGAAGCUCAGUCCUGGCCCGAGUUCGGUGGGCCCUCAGGUUCAUCCAGAUCGUCCUCGACCACCAGUACUACCUCCUCUGCAACCGCCGAUCGCUCCUCCCGAUGGGGCUAAGGCGCCGGGGUCUGUUGGAGGCAGUCUACUUGCUACCCUUGCUCGAGGCAUUGAGUCGUUACUUCAUCAACAACAAGUUCAGGCUACAAGAGGUGACAGACCAGAAACAGUCAAGCCUGGAGUAUCACAGCUCCCUGAGCUUCCGGAGUACCAGCCAAGACCUCUCCGACACGUCGUCAACAUGGUGGCAGAUGACUCUGAAGGAUGCUUUGACAUGGUACUCACAGUAUAGCGCGGCUCCGCCACUGGAGCGGCUUCAGCUGAAGCCAAAGGCGUCUGUGCAGCUGCAGAAACCGGAGUGGAUCCGGGUAGAAAGGAGGGCUACGGCGAUGAUGUUGUCCGCUGUGCCAAAACAGGUGCGAGAAGAAGUGAUAUCAGGGGGAGAAGUCACCAGCCUCCACCUUUUGUGCAAGCUCUACUCUGUGUACCAGCCCGGGAACUUGCAGGAGAAGAGCUUGGUUCUACGGAUGCUGGAGCAACCAGAUGAAUGCGCCUCCGCGUUGGAGGCCGUCGAGUCACUUCGACGAUGGAACCUGUGGAGGCGGAGGGCGGCUUCGAUUGGGAUGGCGGAACCGGACGCCUCUGUCCUUUUGAGAGGAUUGGACAGAAUAACUGGCCAGAUCGUGAAGGCCAACAGCGAGCUGUCCUUUCGGGUGAGUUUGAUUCGGAGCACCCUUCAGGUGGAUGUGAGUCCGAGCGCAGCAUCAAUCACCACGUUCUUGCAGCACCUUCAGGCCGAGAUGGAGCAGCAAGCCAGGCUGAGCUCAGUCCGGGUUGAUACAACGGCCGCAGUCCGCGCGGUGACGACCACUGGUGUUCCACCCCCUCCGCCUACGGCUCCCACGACUACUACGACGACCAAAGGUGCAGGUUCGCUGUGUAAGUUCUUUGCGUCAGAGAAAGGGAAUGCCGAGCACCUGGUGGUGGACAGUCGAGUUCGAGAUCCCCCACCUCUACGAGCCCCUCCUCGGAAGGUUAACUUUGAGGGUGAUGGCGCGAUCCAGGCGAAGGUGAUGAAGGUUCUUGCCGGCUUGCAGGACAUCCCGCUCUUCAGGACGCGAUCUGCGCUCUUAGAUUCGGGAGAGGAGUGGGAUCGUGCGAGAAGUGUGCAUGUUCAGCUUGCAGGGGACUCCUAUGCAUCAAUGAAGCAGAACGACGCGGGUUCCUUGUUGAAUGGUGACCAGCUUGCACAGGUGAUCGUCCCGAUGGGAAGGGUUAUCUCAACACUGGGUUUUUCGCUCAAGUGGACUAAGGAGCUCUGCCAGCUUGAAGGUCCCGACGGUGAGGUUGUUCAAUUGGAUGUGGUGCGGGGGUGCCCGCAAGUGAGUGAAACGGUGGCCCAGGAUUUGAUUGCGCACCUUGAAGAAGCGCACCUCCCGGAGCUACAACAGACCACAGCUGCGUCGGUGAAGGCCUUGAAGGCAGUAAAGGCCAGCUGGUGGUCAUGCUUGAUGGAGUACUCGGUUUCUGGGAAUGUGGCGUCAGGCCAGGCGGCGAUUGACAAGUCAACGUUCAUGAACCACCGCGAUAUGAUGAAGGAGCUCCUGGUGAUCACACGGCCAAGGAAGAGACCUUGGGACUUGAUGAAGGAGCUGAGCUUGAAUCGGCGCUCCCGAAAGCGUCUCAUGAACUCAGCGUCCUGGGUGGUCCGAUGGGAUGCGCCUACUGUGGAGAGGCGACGAAAUGAUUUGAAGCAGCUGUCUUUGGCAGGAGACACCAUCUACUUGAAUGUGAACACCUUGCUUGUUGAGAGUGAGUUUGUGGAUGUGUGGAGGAUUUUAUCAUGGGCAGCUUCGGUUGGAAAGAUAGGGACAGUGGUCUCCCGAGACAGCCCCGGCAACCACCUGGAUCAGAGCAUCGCGCCCCAGCAUCGGAGCAAGAUCCACUUCCUCCAUGCUUUGUCUACUGCCGGGCGAACUGUGCAUGGACAAGGUCCCGUGCGACUUAUGGUUGAGGAUCUACAUAGGAGAGUGAGCCCGGAAGGCAAGGCGCAUGCAGAAGUUUGGCCGGCGUGGUCGUGUUGCCGUGAUGCUCAGGACUACAUGACUGAGAUGGGCAUCAUGGACAUCUCGGUUGAGAAGUUCACGGGCGAGAGACACUUCAGGAUUGCAAAGAUGGACGCAGAUGCAGCUUGGCGCCUGCAUGUAAUGCGGGGCCAUCAGCCCUUUCGCCGCGACUGCGCGGUGUGUGUUCGCAACAGUGCUUCGGGCAAACAGCAUAGGGCCACGAUGCACCCCAUGGCAUACACGUUGAGCGUGGAUGUGGUGGGCCCACUGAAGGGCUAUGGGAAGUCUCCAGAUGGAAAGUAUUUCAAGUACUUUGUCAUUGGGGCGUUCAGGAUCCCCGAUGUUCAUGGAGGCCACGGUCACGCAGAUGUGAAAGGACAUCCAAUACCCCCUCCUGACUUGGAGGAACCUGAAGAUGAUGAAGAAGAUCAGUUGUCCGAGGACGAGGUCGCUGAUGAUGAAGGGCCGGUGGAAGCGGACUAUGUGGACGCAUCUCAGGUGGAGCGUGAGAAGGAGCAGUGGAGGCAGCUGCUUACCACGUUCAAGGAGCCGAUAUCUACUACGACCCUUUAUUUUGCGGUUCCCGUGAACAACAAGAAGGCUGCCACAAUGCUGCCGGCAGUCCAGAAGAUUGUCAUGGAUGUGAAGGCCCUGGGAUAUCCGGUUACCCGCCUGCAUUCAGAUCGUGGCGGUGAGUUCCGAGGGCACUUGGUUCGACGAUGGGCCCUGUCACAGGGCAUGUGGCCAACUACGACAUCGGGGUCGGAGUCGGCAUCGAAUGGCGUGGCCGAGUCUGGGGUUCGGUACCUCAAGCGUCGCGCCCGGAUCCUCCUUGAUAGCGGAGGGAUUCCAAAAGAGAACUGGCCCACGGCGGUCCAGUAUGUUUACGUGAAGACCAAGAAGUACAAGACUGGAGCCGUGGAGGACUUUGGUCACCAUUGGGUACAGGGCAAAUAUGUGGGUCCGUCAACGGACAUUCGGGGAGGACAUGUUAUCCUGAAGUCCUCCGGCACGUUUGUGCAAACCACUCAUGUGAGGAUCGCUCAAGAGCCGCCUCCGUUGGACGAGGUAGCGCCGCCCAUUGUUCUUGUUGAGGAACCUCGUUUGGAUGCUGAGGGAGAUAGCGAACCUCCUUUACCACCACCUGCUCGACCACCACCAGCAACCAGACUUCGUGCAAAGACCCCCAGUGUGGCUGCGCUUGGAGAGGUCUAUGAGUCCGUCGUUGGGUUGUCUGAGGCCCGCGGUUUGAUGCGGGAUGAUUCGAUCAUGAAGUACUUGAGGGUUGAGGAGAUUGAGUAUGUGGAGAAGAUUGCCCAGCACUUGUACCAGGACCGGAAGUUUGGUGAAGAUCAUGUUAAGCAGGUCCUUGGUGUCCUUGGUGGAACUUGUGGCAAUUUGAAGGUUCCUCGUGCUCCUGGAGGUCAAGGACUUGUGAUUGGAGCAUAUGUUCAUGGAGGAUCGUUCGGAGUGACUCGAUAUGGGCGUGAUCUGCCUUGGGUUGCUCAGUACUUGAAUGGGUAUUUGGUCCACAAGAUCAAUGAGUACGGAGUGGCUGUGAACCCUACGUGGACAACCUUGGCUGUUCAGGCUGCCGACCAAAUUCCUCGGCAUCGGGAUGUACACAACGAGCGAGGUACCUACAACUACGUGUGUGAAGUCAAGGCGGAACCUACGAAUGGUUUGUGGGUCGAAGACAAGGGCUAUGAACGCAGAGUUGUAGGUGGUGAGAAUCCUCGAGAUUGCCAACUUGAAGGUCAGGAUGGUGAUGUACGUGAUGGUUGUUUGGUUGACAUCACCCAGAAGCCAGCAGUGUUUGAUCCGCUGAUUCCCCAUGCCUACGUCAAGGGAGAUGGCUUGCGCUGGUUUAUCUCGGCCUAUACCCCCCAAGGUGCCUACAAGUUGAAGUGCAGUGAUCAAGAGUAUCUCCAGAAGUUGAAGUUUCCUCUGCCUGAGGAGGAGAGCCGCCUUGGAGGCGGAACGCCGGAAACCACACCGGCAUUGAAGGCAUCAUCCUUGCCAUCUGCUAUGUCGAGUGGAACUCACAGUUGCGAAGAUGAUGUGGAUGACGUUUUCAUUGGAGAUUGUGAGGGCACGCUGUGGGAUUGGGCCAUGUAUGUUGAGGAGGAGCUACCUGCUAAAGUGGAUGGUGAUGAUCAGUCGGAUCAAGUUUGGGGUUUGCGUAAAGUUUGCGGCUCUGAUGACCCCGCGGGUGAGCUUCCAGCUUUGGUCAAGGCCUCGGAUGUGUUGCUUGAGGAGGAGAUAUCGGAAUCUCUUCAAGAUGAUCUGGUUGGAAGGCUGGAAUACUCGUGUGGUCUUGAUGUUCGGGAGGGAUUUCCUUGUAUGGCAAAGAUGGAACCUGAGCACACCGAGGGUGUUGAAGAUAUCAUCAAGAAAGCGGUUCAAGCUGGGACCCCCCUCCGCCACACUUACAAUGUGAGCCCCAAGGAGGCCAGAUCUGAGAUUGAGCGCUGGAGGCCAGCCAUCGCGAAGGAAGUUGGAGUUGUUGAAAAGGGGUUCCAAAGAAUCCAUGUGAAGGACAUCGAGAAGCUGAGAGCUGAGCACGACAUCCAGGAGCUGCCGUCCAAGCUUGUGUAUACCGUGAAACCGCCAUCGACUACAACCUCCUCGGACUCUGCGAUGAGUCCAACUUUUGCAGACGUAAAGCCCGCAUUGUGUGUUGCGGCAACUUCGCCUCUGAUGAGGCUGGAGACAUCUUCGCCGGCGGCGCGGCCGCAGAAAGCCUCCGAUGUGCCCUUACCUACACCACUGCCAGGCAUUGGAUCCCGGGCAUCGUGGACGUGA